AUGCUGCGGUUUUUUCUUGUCUUUGCGGUAGCACAGGCCUCGCAGGAUGCGAGGGAACAGCCGCUGCAGAAGGACCCCUCUGGUGAACAGCUGCCCGGUAGCAGCGUGUUUCUUGCUUUUGCGCCUGAACAGGGUGCUCUGGAGUACCAAGGUUUAGAAAGGGUUCGGGGUCCGGUUUCGGGCUUUGUAAGGGCUUACGGGCUUCACGGGGCCCGUUUUGAUCAAGGGUGCUUUGGGGCUCCUGGGGUUUAUGAGUCGCGUAUAGUUACCUCGUCUUGGUCCCUGUACGAAAUGAUUCACGAAGUAAGGGCUGAUGAGGAUGAGAGAGUGGCUCUAAACGCAAUGCAAGAGUUUUGUCCAGAAGGCAUGGGGCUCAGUCAGUGUGGUUGGACAAUGGUUCUAGUGAGGGUGAUCCAAGGGGCAUGGUUUAGGUGGCGUUGGGAACGAGGGCAGCAAGAUGAGAGUAACCAGAGACAACUUUUGCUUCGUAAGAUGACAGAGGCAGAGCAGGUUUCUCGUCAUGAGGCUCAGGAUCACGUGCCUUAUCGUAAGGGUUGUCCAGUGUGUAUCGCGUCCCAGGGACGACAGCGGUCUCAUUGGAGGAGUUCGUGCCCUGGGGUUCACUCACUCAGCGUAGAUAUUUCGGGACCCUUUGUACUGGGUACCUCUUGGGAUGUAGAGGCUAGUGGAAGGGAUAAAGGGGGGAACUAUAAGUACUUCCUUGCGGGCUCAUAUGCCAUUCCUUCGAAGUUUAGUCCGGAUUCAGAGCCCAAGGAUUCAGGGACGAAAGGGGGCUGGGAGAAUGAUGAAGAUGGAGAUUAUGAACCUUCUGAGCCAGGGGAUUUUGUUCCGGUACCAACUUCGCUUACGGGGGAGUUGGGCUCAAUUGACUCCUCCCGCUUGUGUCGCCUCCUUGCUGAAGAGCUUUGCGAUGCUUCCGGGGAAGUUGAGGAGCUUCGGAUUAUCGCUGCCCAGCUAAGGCGGGCAGAGGUCGCUGUCACCUUUGCAGCUAGGUAUCGGGAUUGGCGGGGUGUAACCAUAGAUGUAAAGUCGGCCUUCUUGUAUGCGCCUAUUCGCAGCGACAUUAAGGGGACUGAUGAGCGCAUCAUCGUAAAACCCCCCUACUUGUUGGUAGAACUGGGCAUCCUAAAAAAGGAGGAUCGCUGGUGGAUUCGCAAGGCAUUGUAUGGGUUGCCAACUUCCCCUCGGGACUGGGGACGUUACAGAGACGGCGAAUUCCGGGAGUUUAAGAUUCACUGGGAUGGGAAGGUUUAUCAGCUGUGUCAGCUGAAGUCCGACGAUGCCUUGUGGUUGGCUAGAUUGGUCAAGGAUGGAGAGCUGGGCGAGUUCAGUGGAAUACUGGUUGUCUAUGUUGACGACCUGGCUUUCUUUGGACCUCUGGGCUUAUGCAAGGCAUUUAUAGCGACGGUGCAGGCCAAGUGGAAGACCUCGGAUCCUGAGUGGUUGGGUGCUACCCCUGUGACUUUCUGUGGGAUUGAGCUAACACAGGGGCCACUGGGCUUUCGGAUGAGCCAAGCUGCCUACGUGAGGGAGUUGGUUAACCGUUACCAAGUGACGACCUCGGCGACUGUACCAAUUGCCAAAUGGGUGGAGCCGGAUGUGGAGGAUGCUUCUACAGUUGAGGAUGUGAGGGCACCCAAGUUCUCAAUAGCCCUAGGACAGCAAGUGCUGGGGUACUUAAAGGGUACGCAGGAUUAUGGAAUAGAUGUGCUAGAAUUGUAUACUGAUGCCUCGCAUAGCCCGGGAGGAGAUCGUUCCAUGCAGUCGGUGUUUAUUGUGUGGAGGGGCGUGCCGGUCGCGUGGGAAUCAACCCGGCAGCCUUUUACGACUUUAAGUUCAGCGGAAGCGGAGUUGGUAUGCAUGACCCAUGGGGUUCAGUUGGCCGAGGCGGUACAGCCCUUAAUUGAUGAACUCUUGGAGGAUGAUUCCAUAAUCGCUCUUCUUGCAGACAACGAAGCUGCCAUCCGCUCUUUUGAAUCGGUCAGCACGGGGUGGCGCAACCGUCACUUGAGGAUGCGGGCAGUGUCCGGAAGAGAGCGGGUCGAAGCGGGCUUGCUUCGGGUCUCUCAUCUCCCGGGGGAGUACCAGGUCGCAGAUUUAG